AUGUCCUGCGCUGCGGAGACCUAUUCGACUCGUUAUCCACGACCGGAUAAAGCUAUCUAUUCGGCUGCACCAGUUAAAGCUUCGCUGGCGAGAACUGUUCCCAGCUAUGAUCAGCUGUACUCAUCGUCGUCCUCAACCACUCAGAAACCAAUCCUCAAAGCUUACGACAUUGAUUUAUCCAUACGAAUUGAUGCCACUUCAUCGGCUUCACCACCUCGUAUCGGACGAGUUACCUGUACAUUCGAUGAGAUUGACGCGUACAUCCCGAGAAGUUCCAGCACAAAACUGGAUUUGCCACUAAUUGUGAAACCAUUGCGACAAUUCGACAAAGACUCAACACUUCUGGAUCGUAGAAGUCGUAGUAGUGAGGCUAGAGUUCAACCGUUGGCUGAGGUACGACCGCAACGCAUAGAAGCCCCGACAAUCUGUCGGCGACGUACAAUGGGCGGUGCAGACGACGUGAAACCGAAAUGGUACUCGAGUUCUGUCGACGGAGCUCCAGAAUCAUCCACUCUUCCGAAAAAUUUCCUCCGAAAACCCUCGGUGUUACACACAGCCGCUCCCGUACAGGUGGAGACGAUUCCAUAUAUAGAUGAAGAUGUUCCGGUACAACCGCCACCACCACCAAAACCUGCCCGAAGUUUCACUCAACUCAAUGGUUUCUUACAAGAAACUCCGGAAUCUCCACCACUAGGCGCAGGAACGCCGCCGUCCGAUUUGUUUACCUGUAUUGCUAAGCCAGUGCAAUUCGUGGAUCCGGUCACUGCGGCUGCUUCGAGGAGUGAGAGAAACCCUAAGCCGCUUGAAAAUUUAAAGUCUUCUUCCGUAAAACCGCCAUUCACAAGAAAUUCGUUCGUGCAGAACAAUGUGGAAACGUUGCAAGAACCCAUCCAGAAACGAUAUCCUUGGCAGAGCGCCAAUUUCGUGGAACAAUCACUGGAGAUCAAUAGGAGAAUCGAAACGCCUGACGAGACACUACGUGAAGUUGUACAUUAUCGUGAGGAUAGUGGUUAUCGGUCCGACCGGAAGUCAUCGUUGGAUUGCUCACGGAGCAUUAUCUCGAUCGCUAGAGGAUCUGUGGAACAUGUCAGUUUAGAAGAUGAAUCAUUUAGUCAAAGUGAACCGGAGGAGGAGAGUGAUGACGAGAAUUUUCAUCGAAGCGAAGGGGACCAUACGACGAACAGCAAAAAAUACAGCCUGGUAUUGAGAACACAAGUUGCAUUGCGGGUGAAAACUAUUAUAGAUAAACUACUCUCAAAUACCGGACGUGAUCAAAGGAGGGCGUUAUUUUCUCUGAAAAAGAUCUUUCAGGAUGACCGAGAUCUUGUCCCAGAAUUCGUACAAAAUGGUGGUCUGGAUUGUAUGGUACGAUUGGGGCGUUUAGCCGAUCAAAAUCAUCAAAAUUAUAUUUUGCGAGCUCUGGGACAAGUGAUGCUAUACGUGGACGGUAUGAAUGGUAUCAUAGCACAUAAUAAAACCAUUCAAUGGUUAUACGAAUUGCUUGAUUCGCCGUUGUACAAUGUGUUCGAAAGACGUGAAAUGAGUCCAUUUAGACAGGAAUGGUUCCGACUUGUUGUGAAAACGGCAUUGAAAUUAUUGUUGGUGUUUAUCGAAUACAACGACAACAACGCACUUCUGGUCCUUGCGGCGAUUUCGGCUGUGGAUCGAUCGAAAGGUCAACAGGAUUGGAGUGCACUGAUGAAGGUGAUCUCAGAGAAGGAUUCUCCUGAUCCGGAAACACUUGUCUACGGAAUGACCGUCAUCAAUAAAACACUUCGGGGGAUUCCAGAUAGCGACACAUACUAUGACGCUGUUGACACCUUAGAAAUGUUAGGAAUGGAAGAUGCGAUGAAAUGUAUGAUUAAAUUGGGUAAUCCGGAAUUAUUGGAGCAAUGUCGAAUUUAUGAGCGUGAAUUGAACAAGGAAGAUGAGCGUGCGGAGAACAGCGAUGAGGACGCAAACGCUCGUAUGAGACCCUCCUCAGCUGCUGUACUUGCCGCUCGACGUCGGACAAGUCUACCGAAUACGAAUCCCGUCCAGAAACCUAUCAUUGCCGUUCCGGCAACGCUUCCACGAGUGGAAGAAACGUCCACGACCACGUCAACCACUACGUUCCGAUCAAAUCCACCACCAACGUUCCCCGUUUCCUCUUAUUCACCUCCUGCCGACACCACCACCACCACCACCACCGCCCCCGCCGCCGCCGCCGCCGCCGCUCCCUACCGACCAACAAAUGGUUGGUCGUACAGUGCUAUACCACCAAGGCCAAGCACUAACGGUUACGCCAUACAUAAUGGUGAAACAAACACCCAGGAUCAGGCGAAAUCCGAAUCCGAAACGUCACGAGGAAUCAGGGAACGUCAGGAAUUUUCCGCAAUGGAUCCUGAGCCGAGAGGUGUUCCCCAUUCGGGAAAUGAUGAUUCGGAAUCCUCGAGCUCCGUUCACUCAUCUAGCAUGGAUAGAGCCCCAUCACAACAAGCGUUUCAUGACAACGAUCGACGUUCAGUCAUGAGACGACGACAUCAGGAGGCUCGACAACGGCAAGAGGAACACAUCGCAUUCGCGCAGAGUCGGAAUAUGUUCGCCAAGGAAAAUGAACCACCAUCAGAACCGAAAUCAAGCUUACCAUGGAGAAAUGAGGCAAGCGAGCAGAAUAACAUCGCCAAACCUAAAAAUGAACCACCACUUCAAAAGAAAAUCCCCGAACCUAUUCGAAUCGUGGACGAUACGCCGAAAAAAGUCCCGGAACCGAUUCGAAUAGAGAGUCACCAAGAAAAUGAUCGUGUCGAGCAUGUUGAGGAUGAGCAUACAGAAGAAAAUUUACAGGUGAAGGCCCCACCUCCAUCAUUCCCGAUGAUCUUCUCACCUACGGAACAGAAAAUCAUGGAAUUCCCUGAACCGGUUAAAGAACCGGAGCCAGAGAGGCCGCCACCGCCGAAAGCGAAAAUCGAAAAAGACGAUGGUGGUGGCGGAUUUGCAGCACUUCUCCAGAAAAGAGCUGCAAAAGCAGCCGAAGGGAAUCGCAACGCUUUCACACAGAAAGAAAGUGAAGCUGACAUACAGUGGAAGAAGGCAGCUGAGAACCUGAAAUCUCGACCGCUGAUUAUCAACGACUUGGACUUCAGCGCUUUCCAUGCGGAAGAGUUUGAGCAGGAUCCGCUGGUGAUGGCUAGACUUGCACAAAUGGCUCAGGAUAAAGGCCUGUUACCCGGCGGUUCACGGCCAGGAAUGAACGGUGGCCCACCGCCACCACCGCCUCCCGGAGGGAUUCCAUUGCCACCCAGAUUGCAAGGACAAGUCGGUGGUGUACCUCCUCCACCUCCUCCAUUACCCGGUGGUGUUCCUCCGCCACCACCACCAAAUUUCAAGCGGGAGUCGAGUCCAGGUCCGUCCACCGGUAAAGGCGUCAUCAAAUUGCAUUGGAAGCCUACAUCAGCCGAACCGCCUCCGGUGCCGUCAUUGAAACAGAAGGGAUCAUUCUGGAAUAAACUGGAGCAACCAUUGAUUGACGCCAAUAAACUGGUUCAACUAUUCGAGACAAAGCAUAACAAGGAAGUUACCCUCAAGAAACCAAUCGAUGCAAAACCAGCUGUACUACAAGUGCUAUCCAUGAAACGUUCUCAAGCUAUCAACAUCGGUUUAACGAAACUACCACCAAUUAAUGUGAUUCCUACCGCGAUCAUGAAAUUUGACUCAAUGGUUCUGAAUAAGGAUGGAAUCGAAAAGAUUCUGAAAACAAUGAUGCCGACCAUGAAAGAAGUGGAAGAGAUCCAGGAAAAGCAAAUGGAACAUCCUGAAAUGACAUUGGGUAACGCGGAGCAGUUUAUGCUUAUGCUAUCAAAAAUUCCUUGCCUUCUGGAGCGUUUGAAAUUGUGGAUUUUCACUCUGGACUAUAAGACAAUGGAGAAGGAUAUCGCUGAACCGUUGAUGGAUCUCCAAUUGGCCAUGAAAGAGAUGGAAGAAUCGAAAACAUUCCGAAAAGCGAUGAGUAUUCUUCUAGCUAUGGGGAAUACCCUUAGUGGAACUGAAAUCAAAGGUUUCCAACUCGACUAUCUGUCAAAAGCAUCCGAAGUGAAGGAUCCCGUGUACAAGCACACUUUGACCUAUCAUUUGGCUGAAUACAUGCUUGAACAUUAUCCGGAAGGAACGGAUCUGUACACUGAGUUCGGCGCCGUUGCCCGGAGUGCUAGGGUGGACUACAAGGAAUUGUUCGACAAUCUGAAACGACUUGAAAAAGAGUGCAAAGCAAGCUGGGAUUAUCUGGCAAAGAUCGCCAAAAAUGAUAACUCGACCAUGAGACAAAAAAUCAACGACUAUCUGACCGAUGUUGCUCAAAGAAUCCAUCAACUUAACACCAUUUACAACGUUACUAAGAACAGGUGGCACGCUUUCCUGAUCUAUUUCGGAUACUCUGUGAACGAAAUUCCCGAUCAAAAUCCUAAUGAAGUGUUUAAAAUGGUCACCGAAUUUGCAUUGGAGUAUCGUACCACCCGUGAGAAAAUUCUACAGCAACGUAAGCGGAUGGCCGAGAAACGAGAGAGGAAUAAAACAAGAGGAAAGAUUUGGGCCCUCGAGCAGCAACAAGACAAUGGUGAUCUGACAAGGCGGCGAAGGCCACCGCCGAAUACACAGAAUUCGUUGCAGCGACAUGAGGAGAUGUCCCGAAUGUUAACCGGUCUCGCGGAUGGUGGUGAUGGAACGUUGAGAAGACGUGCACGACCGCCUGUAGAUGCAAAUGCCAAUAAAGAUUUACCGGAUCCUGCUAACGAUUCUCCUGAAGACGAAAUCCUUAAUGGACUUGUGAAAGCGGCUACUCUACAGUCGGAAAGCAGAGAUCAUCGACGGAAAGCGCGUCAGUUUAAUCGCAAAUCCUUGCGACGUACUAGGACAUUAAAACUUGUGGAUGGACAGCUAGAAACAAACUACUAA